UCUUCUGGUCCAGAAAGCCCGCUGGGUCUAGGCCGAGCCCAGCAUGGAGAUGGAGAACUAUACUGUGGCUGCGGCGACGAACUCCUGCACCUUCCAUGAGGAGUUCAAGCAGAUCCUGCUGCCCCUGGUCUACUCCGUGGUGUUUGUGGUGGGGCUCCCCCUGAACUUCAUCGUCAUUGUGCAGAUCUGGCUCUCCAGGAAGGUGCUGACCCGCACUGCUAUCUACAUGCUGAACCUGGCCACAGCCGACCUGCUGUACGUGUGCUCCCUGCCGCUGCUCAUCUACAACUACACGCAGAAGGACUACUGGCCCUUCGGGGACUUCACCUGCAAGUUCGUCCGCUUCCAGUUCUACAGCAACCUGCAUGGCAGCAUCCUGUUCCUCACCUGCAUCAGCGUCCAGCGCUACCUGGGCAUCUGCCACCCUCUGUCGUCCUGGCACAAGAAGAGGGGCAAGAGGUUCACCUGGAUGGUGUGCGGCGGGGUGUGGGUCAUCGUCAUCGCCCAGUGCCUGCCCACCUUCGUCUUCGCCUCCACGGGCAUCCAGAGGAACAGGACCGUAUGCUACGACCUCAGUCCCCCGGACCGCUCCGCCAGCUACUUCCCCUACGGCAUGACGCUGACGGUCACGGGGUUCCUCAUCCCCUUUGUCUCCAUCCUGGUGUGCUACUGCUGCAUGACCAAGCUGCUCUGCCAGAAGGAUGAGAUGAUAGGCCUGGCCGUGCGCAAAAAGAAGGACAAGGCCAUCCGGAUGAUCAUCAUUGUGGUCAUCGUCUUCGCCAUCAGCUUCUUCCCCUUCCACUUGACCAAGACCAUCUACCUGAUCAUCCGCUCCUCGGCGGGCGUGCCCUGCCUGGUCUUGCAAACCUUCGCCAUCGCCUACAAGUGCACCAGGCCCUUUGCCAGCAUGAACAGCGUCCUGGACCCCAUCCUCUUCUACUUCACCCAACGCAAGUUCCGGGAGAGCACGCGCCACCUGCUGGACAAAGUGAGCUCCAAGUGGAGGCACGACGCAUGCCGCACCUACAAAUCGUAGGCUCCGGGGAAAGGAGAAUGAGGGGGGAUGUUCUGCUGCGCGGAGGCAGAGGACUGAAUGGCUGUGGCUUUAUCGCAGCCAGCCCUGCUUUACCCAGCAACGGGAAGAGCGAGAGCAGGAGGCAAGGACUGAUGGUCCUGAGCAUAGCGCUGGGAGCCAGGAGCUUCUGAGUUCUACUCCCAGUUCUGGCCAUGGGUGGGUCACUUGGCCGCUCUGUGCCUCAGUUUCCCCAUCUGCAGAAUAGAGAACAAUACUCUGUAAAUAAUAGGUAAAAUGAUGCUGACCUGCCUCACUCCUUGGUCAGGGCCCGGAAAGUGCUUUGAGGAUGGACCAGGCUAAGAACAGUUUAUCCUUAAAAUUCCAGCAAACGGCCUGAGCUGGGAAAGGUUACAGUACCGUUGGAAAGGGGGAAGUGAAAAUAAUUGGGAGCAGGCUUUGGGGCUGGGCUAGGUGGUGUCCGAACGCGGUAUUAGUGCGGUUACUGUGGUGCACCACAGCUGUCACCUAUGAGGAGGAGCGGCUGCUCAAUAUUAACCACUGCUCGCUCUGUGGAUUUCAGCAGCACUGCUGAGGAACUGGCGGUCCUUGCCACAGAUCUCUGACUGGCAAAGCCCUAGCAACCACACGUGGGGCUUUGCAGUGAAUUGUGCUACUGCCGCUGAUUACAAUGGGCCACAGUCCACGCCAGUGGAGUUGCAGCACAGAUGGGUUUGUCCCAACGUGUUUCAUUCAGAAUGAAGUUUCCAGUGGAUUUGGGAAAUCCAUUAUUAGCAAGUAGUUCAGUGGUUUACAGCUACCUAGAUUUUGUGGACAAAAAUCUCUCCCCAUGUCAGUCCCCUAUAGAGGAGAUCACCUCUGAGAACCAGCAGUUCGGGAACGGGGGAAUCAGCUGCCGCUUGCCAGUGCACGAAUUACUGGGAUCCGGUGAACUUAUCCACCAGCCAGUGUUUUUUCACUGCUUUGCCACAGUAAUUCAGCUGAGUUUCCCAAGCAGAAAGCUGCUUUACUAAUGCAAGGAAAACCUACCCUGGGAAUUUAGAGAAGACAGUAGGUCUCUUGGGACCACAUGAGUCUACAAAAGGAUUGAUCCAUAUGGGAGGGCAGGAAAAGGGAAAUCUAGCGAGUACAUCUACAGUAUUAUUGGCUGUUAACAAUGAGGACACUGUCAUUAAGCUAACCUGACUGCUACAGUCCGAUUCAUUUCUACCUAGGUCAUCUUACAACUCUCAUCACCGUAAUAUCUGAGCACCUUACGAUGCGAUCGUCCUGGUUUCUACUGUUUAAAGAUUCACCAGUUGCCUGACUGGAUCUAAUAGGGUUCUGGUGUGUUUUUAUUUUAUUGUAUUGUAUUUUUGUGCACCCUCGUUAGAAAAGAAUUCUCACAUCAUCUCCAGCAUUUUGAGCUAAGAUCUAGUUCAUGGGAAAUUUAAUCUUGUGGGGGUUUUUAAAAAGGAACUGGAAACCAGAAUAUUUUUAAAGAAUUUCCAAGCUAGCUGCCCUGUUUUUAUGAUACGCUGGUUUAGUGUGUAUAAGCAUGUCUCCCUCUAGUGGCAGAUCCCAGAUAUAAGUCUGCUACUUAAUUUAGCUUAUGCAAUAGAGACCUGUGUUUUUGAAGAUGACAGGUUCAGUCCCUGCUGGAGUUAGCGUAUGAGCGGCCACAUCUCAUGACAGGCUGCCCCGGGCUUUUUAAGCAAGUCAACUCUGUUGUGACACAUCACUGAAUAACAUUUAAUUUGGGUGUGGGAGUGGAAGAAAUGAUGGGAAUGACUGUCAAUGCUUACUCCUGUGAUGGUUCUUGAUCAGCAGCAGAAACUAACCAGUGUGUAUGUGCAGGGUAUGAAAUAAGAGUUGAAGAAUUUAACUGAACAAAGGUGGAGUCAACAUACUGGGCCAAAGCCAGCCCUGGGGUAACCUAGCACCACUCAGCUUAAAUCACUUUGAAGUUGGUGGAGUUGCACCUGCUGACAGUGGGGGUGAAUUUGACGCAGUGGGAAAGUGUAGGUGCUGUAUCUUCCCGUGCUGGGUGCAUUUGAAAUCAGUGUUGAGACAAGUAGCCAGACCUCUCCUAGGCACUACUCUGAACAGUAAGGUGCCAUCUAUCUACCAGCACGAUCAUGUCAUAGCCACUCGUGACAUUGUCCUCUGAACUGUUUAUGGGACGACUGCCCUCUUGGCCGAUGUACCAGGGGUUGAACAGGGAUCUCCAGCGCUGAAAGCAUAAGCACUUACAGCGUGAGCUAAGGAACCUAGUGGGUAGCUUCUAUCGCUGCGGAUCAGCACAGCAGAGGACCAGUAACACACACAUACACACACCAGUGGAUGACACUUACUCCAAACCUGGUAUAGGCGCGGGCUUCUACCCACGCCGGUGGGUGCUUGACCCUCCUCUGCCCCGGCCCCAC